AUGCUGUCCCCAACACCAUUGUCACUCUUUUGUGCUUUAAUCCUUUGUUUGCCCUUAGCCGUUAUUGUUACAAUAACUUCUCCGACAACAACGAUCCACGGAGGUUCCGAGCACGACCCUCUUUCAAAUUUCGCUCCCGCAGCCAAAACCCACCAAAGAUUCUCUGUCAAACCGUCGCCUUUACCACCAACAGAUGACAAGUCACUCCUCCCAGCCGCUUCCCGAGUCAACUCAAGAACACCUCCCGGCUUACCUAAAAAGAUCGCAUUUUUGUUCCUAACUGUGUCGCCUCUCCCUUUCGCUCCCCUUUGGGAGAUUUACUUUAAUAAAACCCCUAAAAACCUCUUCAAUGUUUACGUCCAUGCCGACCCGAGUUACCCUUACGAAACACCAUUCUCGGGCGUGUUCGCUCACCGAGUCAUCCCUUCGAAACCCGCCCUCCGUUACACCCCUACUCUCAUCUCAGCGGCACGGCGGUUAUUGGCUCACGCGCUGCUUCACGACCGUUCGAAUCACAUGUUUGUCCUCUUGUCCGCUUCCUGCAUACCCAUUCACUCUUUCAACUUCACUUACGAAACCCUAACCCAGUCCGAGAAAAGCUUCAUUGAGAUUCUGAACAACGAGAUCGGGAGCUACGACAGGUGGGCGGCGCGUGGGCUAGACGUGAUGUUGCCGGAGGUGAAGUUGGAGGAUUUCCGAAUUGGGUCCCAGUUUUGGUCCCUGACACGUCAGCACGCAAGGGUUAUCGUUAGCGAUGAAACCAUUUGGGCCAAGUUCAACCAACCGUGCUUGGUGUGGGACACGUGUUAUCCGGAAGAGAAUUACUUCCCUACGCUCAUCCACAUGCGGGAUCCGCGUAAUGUUGUCCCUUGGACCCUGACGCACGUGGACUGGAACGGGAGCUCCGACGGUCACCCGCGCAUGUACGCGGCGUCCGAGGUGGGUCCCCAGUUGAUCGUGAGGCUGAGAAACGAUAAGCCUAGAUACGACGAUGCUGGAAUCAACGGCUCUGAUCCAACCUUAAUGCGGCAGCGUGAUCCGUUUUUAUUCGCUCGGAAGUUCUCGCCGGAUUCUAUCCGGCCACUGAUGAGCAUCGCAAGUGAUGUCAUUUUCAAGGAUUAGAAUAUUAG